UCCUUUGAAGGAUUAACUGACUGAGUGACUGAAGAAAUGACUCUUUAAGAAGCGACAGUAGAAGUAUGCUUAUGGUUGAAGAGAUUUGAACAAAGAAUUGAGUCCUUGUAGGGCAGUGACCAUGGUGGUGGCUGUCCCCUGAUCCCGCCCCGCCUCCCUCAAGUCCGCGUCCCCUCACGGAACCGCAGCGCUCCGCCGCAGUGCGCUCACGUGUCUGGAAGUUUCUGUGGAGUGGUCACUGCGCCGUGAGGGCGUGAAUUGCUCUGUAAGGAGUGACUGUGGUAGAAGUUGUGAGAUUUCGGAAUGAAGGGGGUCGGGGGAAGCGAGCAAAAAUGCUUUUUUAAUUGACGGCCGGCAAGGCCCGAAAUUAUACGCGGGACUUUUAAAAUGUAGCCCGCUUUCAAAGGAUGAUGGGAUCGGGCGAAAAGCUGGCAGGCCCUGACUGGCUAGAGGCCGCUGCGUUCUGGCCGCUGAUUGGCUCCGUGGGGAACGUGGGGGGGCGUCCGUGUGCAGAAGCCGCAUUUGGUGGAGGUGCUCGGUAGAGGCAGGCGCUCGCUCGAGGAACUCGCGGACCAGAGCCCAGGCCCACUCCCCGUGUGCUGUCGUUGAGAUGAGUAAGGAUGGGGUUGGGAGCCGUAGCGGCAGCUCUGCCGCGGGUGGAGCCAGUGGCAGCGAUGAUGGACCCCCUCAGGGGGCCGCAGCUCCUGUUCUGAGGGCGCCGAGAGCCAGGCCUCGAAUCCAGAGCGUUAUACCUUGCUGUGUGAACCAGCUGCUCACGGCCGCUCUGGUCGACGAUGUUUUCAAGGUUAGGGGAAUAGCGGUUUCCCAGGUCUCGAUCGUGGGCCUCAUUAGGAAGGCCGAGAGCGCGCCGAACUACAUUCUGUACAAGAUUGACGAUAUGACCACCAAGCCUAUCGACGCCCGCCACUGGCUCGGCAGAGGCAGAGCGAAGCAGGAGCUGAGUCCGUGUCCCGUGGGAGUGUAUGCCAAAGUGUUCGGUGUCCUCAGAGGUUCUGAGGCGGUGAAGAUCCUUGAGGUAUUGCAGAUCCGCGUCCUGGAAGACAUGAACGAGUUCACCUCCCAUAUUCUGGAAACGGUCAAUGCGCACAUGAUGCUGGCUAAAGCCCAGGAAGCGGCCUGUGGGCCGAGUGCACCUGCUGCCCCAUCCGAGGUGGAUCAGGCCACAGGGUAUGGCGAGGCCCACCCCAAGUUUAUCCAGGAGAAAGCCCUGCGUUUGAUUCACGAGUGUCCUCGACAGGAAGGCAAGAGCAUUCGAGAGCUCCAGAUGGAGCUUGGCAGCCUGAGCAUCAAGGCCAUCAAGGAAGUCCUAGAAUAUCUGAUGGUCGAGGGCCACAUCUACCCCACUGUGGAUGGAGAGCAUUUUAAAUCUGCUGAUUGAAGCGGCAAAAUUUUUCGUUUUCCGAAGACCCCCGUCGCCAGAUGGGAUUGAGUUUGACUUGUUGACUUUUAGGAAGUAGGUUACUUUUUCAACAAAAAUCUUAACUGGCAUCCCUUUGGAACCUCACUGCUCUUCCAACUGCUUUGAACUUCACUGUUUUUCUUACUAUAUUUAAAGCUCAGAGGGAGAUCGCGAUGGAUAAAUUGAUUGGACUUUUGUAGGAUUUACCAGCAAGCAAAUGAAAACGCAACUGAAUGCAUUUGAGGGGGGAAAGGUAUGGAAAAAAUUGAAAAUUAUUGUUUAGUGGCAUGGGAGCUUCUUUUUGAAAUAGCAGUGUAUUAGGAGACAAUAGAUGCAGUCAUGGAGCCAGCUGA